ACUUGAAACCAAAGCAAUCACUCCACUGUCCCACAAUCUAUGAACCAAUCCUUCAAUUUCAGACCGUCAGAUCCCAAAGGUGUUCAAAUCAGACGGUGGUUAUUGUUUUGAUCCAGAAUCGCUUCAGUGCAGCUUCCUUCUCUCUUCAACCAAAAUCUACCAAACCCUAAUCUCCGAAAUUCGAUUCCUCACUGUCAAAUUUCUUCCCCAAAUUCGUAUCUUCAGAAGACCCAGAUCGCUUUUCUUGUUCAUCCCAAUCCCCUUUCUUCAAAUUCGCAAUCUUUCUCUGUUUCAUUUCCGGAUCAUGGAGAAGGAGGAGAACAAACCGGACAUUCAGAAAAUUGGGAACGAAAUUGAAGAUACUGAACCCAUAGAACUUGUUCUUUUUCAAGUUCCCGAGUGUUACGUCUACAUAAUACCUCCAAGAAUGAGUGCAGCUUCUUACAGGGCUGAUGAGUGGGAUGUCAACAAAUGGGCAUGGGAAGGGAUAUUGAAAGUUGUUAGUAAGGGAGAAGAAUGUAUCAUAAAACUAGAAGAUAAGAACACAGGUGAAUUAUACGCUCGAGCAUUUUUAAGAAAUGGAGAGCCACAUCCCGUGGAAGCUGUUAUUGACAGCAGCAGAUAUUUUGUUCUUCGCAUAGAAGAAAACAUAGAUGGUCGCCUUCGACACGCUUUUAUUGGCAUAGGAUUCCGAGAAAGAACAGAGGCUUAUGACUUCCAAGCUGCCUUGCACGAUCAUAUGAAAUACCUGGACAAAAAGAAAACUGCAGAAGAGAUGGAACAACAUUACCAGCAAAGCUCCUCAGUUGAUUACAGUUUGAAAGAAGGGGAGACUCUUGUGCUGCAAAUCAAGAACAAUAGAAGCGGCGGCAAUGUGAAGUCCAAGUUUUUUGAGCAGGGUGCAAACAACUCCUCGGAAGAAAAGAGUGAGAAAAAAGAAUCUAUACCAUGUAUUAAGUUACCACCACCUCCCCCAUCACCAGGUUCACCUGUUACCCCGCAGAAGUCUCCAACAGACUCACCUACAAAAUUAAGCCUUGAGAAAAGCGCCGAAGUUGAGACCUCUAAAAUAGUUAAAGAAGAAACAGAACACGAAAAAUCUCCUGAAAAUCAAAGCAUGCAGGAUGUAGUAGAUGAUGAUUUUGGUGAUUUUCAAGCAGCUGGUUAACUACUACCCAUCUAUUAUGAAUGAUUGUGGACACCUUGUUCAUCUGGUGUUCAGUUUGGAGAUUUAAUUAUGUCCAUAGCCAACAAAAUAUUUAGAAUCAACAUAUCUGUUUGUUAAUUGGUUGGUGGUUAUCUUAGUUGCGGGCUAGUAGCGUGGGAGAACUUUUCCUCUCUCUUGUGUCACUUUAUUUUAGUUUUAUGCUUUGGUUUCAUUUAUCAUAGUUGGCGCAUCUCAAUAGUCACUUGGUGCUUGAUCAAGGGGUCAUAGCUUUGUUGAUAACAUGAAUUAUGUUAUGCUCAAUGAACCAGAUUCAGUGUUUAUGUACUUUGUUUAUCUGUUCCCUUUUAUGGUUCAAA